UGUAGUGGGGGUGGAUGCGGGCUGGCGUAAGUUUAGAGGUAGGAAGUGUAUCUACAGGAACUGGGUUACUUUUGCCGACUUCUUUUGUCAUCAUGUCGCUGGACAGAUUCCGCUGGGGUUUUAUGCAUUGAAUUUAUGUCUGUCAGCCCCUUUUAAUAAUUUAUUUUCUUCAACAUUCGUCUUGCUUUGAUUUAAAUUCCUUUUUUUUUCAUUCACCGAGCACAAAAACGAUUGAGAAAGGCUGAUGAUUUGUUGCAGGGAGUCGGGAUGGGGGCGACUGUGAUUUCCAUGUUGGAAUACUAGCUGAUUUUGCGUCGAACCCAGAAAUACAUUGGAAAUACAAACACAGGCGCAUGUGGCACAAGAGCGUGGAUUUCUAAAAGCUGGCCGAGGAUGUUUGCGACGGCCUGGGAUGAUGACUUUUCUGCCAACAAAAACUCUGCACAGAUGAACAUGCUCUGCGUGGUACUUCACUGCCCCAAACCAGCUAUUCCAUCUGGAGCUCACUGCUUCAGGAGGAGCCUUGUUCUGCACAAACCCCUUCAUAAUGAGGAAGCUCACCCAUCUCUUUCUGGCAGGGUUCCUGAAGAAGACAGAUCUCAUCCAUGUCACAAGUGAUGCAACUUCAGAGAAGUAUUUUAAGUGCUGCCAGGUCUCACCCACCAGAUUAAAUGACAUGGCAGAGACAGGUUACAUGUACACUUGGGCAUCACUCCUUUCAGAACCUCCUUGUAUGCCUUCUGGCAGUAGGAGGCAUUAUCUGUGUCCACUGCCCAGGCGUCAUUCAGGUUCAGAUCAUUGCUGUGGAGGGAGGCUAGUAUAGCUUGGGAAAACUUUGAGUAGAUGCAUCUGUCCAUGAAAAUUACAUCCACCAGAAAGUACUGGUUUUCAACACCUUGUGUUUUAACCUAAAAUAAUAUUGUGACAAAGCAAGUGUUAUUAAAAUGUCAAGUGUAAACACAAUAUAGAUACAGCGAUAGUUAGCUAGAUGGAGAGGCAGUGUUCAAUUCACAUUGCAGAAUGUAAAUGUAGGCUAUUGCAACGGUAUAUUAAUAGGCUGUUAAGUUAACUCACCAAUGACGAUGUUUAGAAUGCUGGAAUCCCUUGCACCUGUUGUCUCGUCAACAGCCACCGGAAACUUAUUCCCACGGAUCUUCUGUAGAACGGCAGUCACGUGUUGGUCGAACACACCGGGCAGACGUGACCAUGGGCUGCAUCAAGAGUAAAGAAGACAAGGGUCCCACCAUGAAGUACCGGCCGGACAAUGCUUCGGCCUCGGACGUCAUCGCCCCCCACGUGGGCCCCUACGGGCCCGACCCCACCCAGCUGCAGCAGAACCAGCCACCUUCCUCUGGACCCGCCACAGGCUUCAACCCCCACGCUAUCACCCCCUUCGGAGGAGCCUCCAUCAUGACCCCCUUCGGAGGGGCAUCCACCUCCUUCUCCGGUGCUCUCCCCGGUGCAUUCCCCGGUGCCGUAUCAGGUGGGGUUACAUUCUUCGUGGCCUUGUACGACUAUGAAGCCAGAACUUCAGACGACCUGACGUUCAAAAAAGGGGACCGCUUCCAGAUCAUCAAUAACACAGAAGGGGACUGGUGGGAGGCGCGCUCCAUCAACACAGGGAAGAAAGGAUACAUUCCCAGUAACUAUGUGGCUCCAGCUGACUCCAUCCAGGCUGAAGAGUGGUACUUUGGUAAAAUGGGCCGUAAAGAUGCCGAGCGGCUGCUGUUGAAUCCAGGCAACAACCGAGGCACCUUCCUGGUGCGAGAAAGUGAAACCACUAAAGGUGCCUACUCCCUGUCCAUACGAGACUGGGACGAUGCCAAAGGCGACAAUGUGAAACACUACAAGAUCCGCAAACUUGACAACGGGGGUUACUACAUCACCACACGCGCCCAGUUUGACACACUGCAGAAACUGGUCAAACACUACACAGAGCAUGCAGACGGGCUGUGCCACCGGCUGACCACGGUGUGCCCCACGGUGAAGCCCCAGACUCAGGGCCUGGCCAAGGAUGCCUGGGAGAUCCCCCGGGACUCCCUCCGCCUGGAGCUCAAACUGGGCCAGGGCUGCUUCGGAGAGGUCUGGAUGGGCACGUGGAACGGCACCACCAAGGUGGCAAUUAAGACCCUGAAGCCAGGCACCAUGUCCCCCGAGGCCUUCCUCCAGGAGGCCCAGAUCAUGAAGAAGCUGAGGCACGACAAGCUGGUGCCCCUCUACGCCGUGGUGUCUGAGGAACCCAUCUACAUCGUCACUGAGUACAUGGCCAAAGGAAGUUUGCUGGAUUUCCUGAAGGAGGGAGAUGGUAAAUUCCUCAAGCUUCCCUUGCUGGUGGAUAUGGCCGCACAGAUCGCUGACGGUAUGGCUUUCAUCGAGAGGAUGAACUACAUUCACAGGGACCUCCGUGCCGCUAACAUCCUGGUCGCGGACAACUUGGUGUGCAAGAUCGCCGACUUCGGUCUGGCCAGGCUGAUAGAGGACAACGAGUACACAGCUAGGCAAGGGGCCAAGUUCCCCAUCAAGUGGACGGCUCCUGAAGCUGCUCUGUACGGCCGCUUCACCAUCAAGUCAGAUGGCUGGUCGUUCGGCAUCUUACUCACCGAACUGGUGACCAAGGGCAGGGUGCCCUACCCAGGCAUGGUGAACAGGGAGGUCCUGGAGCAGGUGGAGCGGGGGUACCGUAUGCCCUGCCCCCAGGGUUGUCCCGACUCCCUCCACGAGAUGAUGAAGCUGUGCUGGAAGAAGGACCCCGAUGAGAGGCCCACCUUCGAGUACAUCCAGUCCUUCCUGGAGGACUACUUCACAGCCACGGAGCCACAGUACCAGCCCGGGGAUAACCUAUAGUCAGGCCUGGCCGCAGCGCAGCCCUGGACCCCUUCACCGUGCAAAGUAUCCCUCCACCCAGGAGGAACAGACUUUGAUACUGACGCAUGGAGAUUAAAUGCUAUGAAUAAUGUGCUUCAGAAAAGGCAACUGGAAGCUUGGUUAUCGAGUUGCACAAACCACUGCUAUCCCUGAUGAUAAAAAUAAAUAUGCUUUUUUUUUUUUUACACUAAUUUUUACUGAUCAUUUUGUCUUUUUUAUUUCAGGUACUACAGGUCUUAGUUUGUAUGACUUUACUCCUUUUGUUCCUUUGUUUUUUUAAUUCCUCAAUUUCCCACAUGGUUAUAAUGAUCAUGUUCUUUUUCGAAGUGACCAAUCAUUCUGUUGCGUUGUUUCUAAAAUCUUUGUUGAACUGUGAAAAUGCCACAUGAGAGAGAUGGGUAGGUGCCCUUGGAAUAAGAGCUCUUCAAAAUGGUGGAUGAGAGAGAAGGAUGUGCUGUAAGCGAUGAAAAUAUUGUCAAGUACUGUGGGAAUAUUUCAGUUAGGAUAAUUCAGUUCUGUGUUCAGUACAUUUCAUCAGUUCAACUGGAAAAUGUUUUUUCUCCUCCUGUGUUUUUCUGAACGAUUGACUUGAGUGACGCGGAUCAGGGACAGCUGCGUGGGUCCAUCUAGUCUGCUCAUUUUCUAUUUUAUUUGUUGAUUUUAUUCUAUGUAACUGUAAGAAUAAUUCAUAUCAUGGACAUGGUUCUAGGUUCAUGUGAAGCCUUCCCUUCGAGUCCUUCAGUUGGACAUUUUUACAACACUAAGGCCAUCAUGUUAUGUGUCCCUGACAGACCAUUGCUAUUCCAAGUUAAAUCGCCUCUUUAAAGAUCACUACAGAGUAUUUUCUGCAUAUGUAGUUGUAAGAUGAAGUUGCCCCUAAACACUGAUCUUGGUUCAAUUUAGCAUUUCCCCUACUAAUUGUUAUGGAAAGGGAAGCUGAUCUUAGAUCUGUACCUAGGGGAAACUUCACCCCAGAGCAAUAUAUCACUGUGAGAUGGGAGAAUAUUCAGCUCUCCUUGCUAAGCCCACAGCUCACUAAGCUACAUGCCAAUGUGUCUCGUCUCUGCACAUAUCAUAGCACUACACAAAAACAAACUAAAUAUUCACCCUCUUAGUUCCAGAUUUGAAUUUGUUGAUACAACCACCUGAUUUGGCCAUGACAUGCCAGAAAUUGGUUCUACACACCUAUGUUAUAGAGGACUUGGCCUUCUCUUUCACAUACAUGGAGAAGUCCUUCAACAAACGUUAUCUUUUGGAUUGUAUACUUGACUCAUCCUCACGUGUUUCAUUUUCAGAUCUAAAUUUUUUUUUUUUUUUAAGUAACAAAUUUGCCUUUAUGGGAAUAUAUUGCCAAAGCACCUGAACUGUUUUAUGUUGUCUACAUGUGAUUUUAUUUUGUGAAUGGAUUUAAUUCAGUCUACUGUUUCAGCCUAGAUACAAAGAGAAUGAGUUUUUAUUUACAUUUUCGUUUUUAUUACGUAGCCAUAACCAGUGAGCAGUCAGUUAUUUUAAGACUGCAACAGGAGGAAGCUCAAAGGUCUUUUUAAUGUGUCAUGUCACAUCAACAGUUGUCAUUUUACUCCUUUGUUUUUCUUUAAACUCAUCAAUUCAGUGAUGCAUUUGAUUAUGCAUACUUGCAUAGAUGGGCAGAACACACAUGGUCAGCUGAGGUUUUUAAAGAAGGGCUUUGUACAAAGUUGUGAAAUCCUAAUUUUAUAAAUAAAUAAAAAAAGGACAGCAAAGACUAGAAUGCAAGUCAUAAAGUUGGUGGAAAGAUAAAUAUGAUUUAGAUACUAAUCUGUGGAAUUUGUAAUUAAACAUUACAAAAAUUAAACAUUUCAGAUUUUAAUGUGUGCUAUUUGUUGAACUCGUUAGAUUCAUCAGUUUCAUACAGACAGACAGUUGAUAUCACGUUUUUUUAAGACCGCUAAGACGAGAAUGCAAGUUAUGAGGUUGGUGGAGAAAUAAUUAUGGAUGCUUAUUUGUGGAAUUUGUACAGUUGGAAAAUUAAACAUGUCGGAUUUGAA